UGGUCGGGUGGUAGUAUUUUUUUAAUAACUUAUUUCAAAUUAAAAUCAAUAUAUCUGAAAGGACUUGUCUUGUCGUCCUUUUUGACAAAUUGCUCCUGCACUGAACUCUGCUAUCUGCAUAAGAAAAACAGAGAAGAGACAGAGGCCUCCAUAGCUUGUUUCUUAUUCUCUUCUCUUCCUUGUUCAACUCAAAUCAUGAGCAACGAAGAAUUAGCCUAUGAUUUCUCUCCGAUGAUUAAAGUAUACAAAGAUGGUCGAGUUGAAAGACUCAAUGACACAGACAGAGUUCCUCCAUCAACAGAUCCCAAAACUGGCGUCCAAUCAAAAGACGUUGUGAUCUCACAAGAACCAGCCAUAUCUGCAAGGCUUUACAUCCCAAAAUCCACCACCACAAGCGCACCCCAAACCAAACUCCCUCUUCUCAUUUACUUUCAUGGAGGCGGCUUCUGCGUUCGAAGUUCAUCUUCUGCAAAAUAUCACAGCUACCUCAACGCCUUAGUGUCUGAGGCCAAUGUUGUUGCAGUCUCUGUUGACUACAGACUUGUUCCAGAGCACCCUCUGCCGGCUGCUUACGAUGAUUCAUGGGCUGCUCUCAAAUGGGUUGCCUCCCAUUCCGAUGGAAACGGCUCUGAAGAUUGGCUAAAUAGAUUUGCAGAUUUCCAACGAGUGUUUUUCGCUGGGAACAGUGCUGGGGCUAAUAUAACGCACAACAUGGCUGUGAAAUUGGGGUGUGAGGGAUUGGUUGGUGUUAAGUUGAUUGGGAUUGUUUUGGAGCAUCCAUACUUUUGGGGCACAGAGCCAGUUGGGGAAGAGUUAACUACUCCUGCAGCUGCAAGAGAGUAUAUGGCUGGUGUGUGGCGUUUUGCUUGCCCUUCGACUAGUGGAUCCGACGACCCGCUUAUAAACCCGGCUAAGGAUCAGAAAUUGGGUAAAUUGGGUUGUGAGAAAGUGCUGGUUUGUGUUGCUGAGAAAGAUGUGUUGAAAGAUAGAGGAUGGCAUUAUAGUGAGACACUGAAAAAGAGUGGGUGGAAUGGGGCUGUGGAGGUCAUAGAAGCAGCGGGGGAGGGGCAUUCGUUCCAUUUGGGAGAUCCAACUUGUGACAAUGCUGUGGCCAUGAAGAAAAAAAUUGUUGCUUUCUUGAAUUAGAAUAAUUUGCCUGAAACUUUGGUGUGCUUAGUAAUAUGACCAUAGCCUCUAAGCCAGGUUAAUAGUUGUACUUCUUUGUUGUGUUCUUCUUUUCUUCAUCUGUUUUAUGCCUUGUAUUUGUUUUAUGUAUGUUUCUUGCUUAAAAAAUAAAACAUCUGAUGUGAAAUAUAAAUUUUUUUUUCUUUUUUUUCUUCCUGCAAAACCAUUUUAUACCUAAUUUAGAUAAGCUAGGUGUUAUGAUAUGCACCAACAAAAGAUUGGGUGAUCAAACAAGUAUGAUUAUGAUCGGUGUUGUUCUUCUUUCUUCUGUAAAUUUAAGUAUGUGAGAUCGAUUGGCUUGGAUAGAUUGCACUUUGUCAUGUUUAUCAGAAAAAGAGGCGAUAUUUUGA